AUGCCGAUUCACACCGUAAAAGUUCCUGUUAUUUUUGAGGUGGAGUUCAACCCCGCAUUGAAAGAUCUUGUCCCUUGUCUAGUUGGUUCGCUGAAAGAAUUGGGAAGAUGGAACAGACUCAAUGGUCUUGUAGCUAGGAAAAUCGACGAAGAUUCAACGAAAUGGACCGUAGAAUUAGAGAUUCCUCAGAUGUCGUUCUUCUUUUUUAACUGGGCGAUGACGAAAAAUGGGCAUUUUUAUGAAGAGGAGCCUACAGGAUGCAGAAAAGCCAAUAUCGGCGUUUUUGGAGGUGUCUUUAAAUCCGAAUACGGAGAAAAGUGGACCGAGUUCUCUUCAUUUUGUGGAUGCCAAAUUUCAAUGAGUACUCAUUAUGUUCUCAAUGAUGAUGAACAAAUCGUUGUGAUGGGAUCGGGAAAGCUGCUUGGAAACUGGAAGACCUGGGUUCCUGCUGCCUCGGACGAUCCUCUAGGGUUUGUGUGGACAGCCAAUUUUGAACUCGAGCAAGGAACAACAGAAGAGUUCAAGUGGGUCAUUUUGGACAGACAAACUCGAGAGAUACGACGAUGGCAAGAAGGAGUAAAUAGAAUCAUCAAGAUUGAAACUGGACUAAAUAAUAAAAGUGUGUUUGUCCCUUGGGGUGGAAGAUUUGUGAAGGAGGGGCUUAUUAUUCCGGAUGUUACUGUCGGGGAUUGGAGUGACUACAAUCCUCAAAGUAGAUCCUUAACAAUCGACUGUAUGACUGGAUUCGACAAAGAUGAAGUAGAGAUGAACAACUUUAACAUGGAAGAUCUCAAACUUGCUUUAGAAAUGGUGCCUAAAAUACCAUCUGUAGGUUGCGGACAAUGUGUAGCUCAAAAGUUCUUGAAGGUCAUCAGCAACGAAGAACGAAACUUUUGCUUCACUAUUGGAGCGUUCGGUUCCAAAGAAGUCACACAAUUUAAUUUGAAACAUCCAAAGAAAGUUCUCAAGAUAUUCAGAUAUACAGAAGAACAAAGCCUUUCUUACUUCACUGUGGAUUUGUCAGUUGAAGUCUCCAAUCUUAAAAACUUCAUUAAUGCUGAUGUAAUACAUCUACAGCUAGCUAGUUUAGACGUCAUCGGUCCAUUUCCAGUGACCACACCCUAUAUUGAAGAGCAGAAGCAACUGGAGUUACUAUCAUUUCAAAACGUGCUCAAACCAAGACCAGAGCUAAAAACAUCUUCAUCUUCUUACAAGUUUUAUUUCAACAACGAUAGAACCAUAGUCAGCAGAGUUCCCAUUCUUGACGGUGACACAGAUCUUCUGGAAGCACUUAUCGCGAUUACAGUUUCCCAUGGAAGCUUUAACUCUGCUGACAGAGUUGCCUUUCUUGAUGAUGGCUUGGCUGUAGAGGACAGAGUUACUGUUUUUAGUGGAUGCCAAGGUCAGGAUUCUGUCAGAAUGGAAAGGGAUCAAAUGAUGGAAAUUACCUUUUCUGAUGAUAUGGUUACAGAGAUUCAAAACACUCAAGUAGUUGAAACCAAUACUAAACAAGAUUGGGCUGGACCACGACAAGCCUUAUACAGUGUAUUUAAUGUAUUGAGCAAAUAUUGUAGUCGCCUUGUUUCUCAAAUAUAA